CACCUCCUGCUCGAGCCAGUCCGACGUUACCUCUGCAGAGGAAAACGCAAUGGAGCCCUGAGUAUUUGUCAGUUCUAUCUCAUUUGACACCAGGAAAACAGUAUUCGUAUACAAAUACUGCUUUACCCGCUGAUUAUCUGAGGCUUAACAGGGCGGUGCAACAAUGUGGAUCCAGGUUCGCACUAUAGACGGGAAGGAGACGCGAACCGUUGAGGAUCUUUCUAGAUUGACCAAAAUUGAGUCUUUACGGUUGAAAAUACAGGAGAUCUUCAGUGUAAGCCCGCAACAGCAGCGCCUUUUCUACCGAGGAAAGCAGAUGGAAGAUGGCCAGACACUGUUUGACUACAACGUGGGACUCAAUGACAUCGUCCAGCUGCUGAUUCGCUCACAGACCGACGCUCCGGACAGCCCAGCCAGCAAGGACUCCUCUGGCGUGGCCUGUAGUUCAGGACCCCCCUCUGACUCCCGGUCAGAGAGCCACAACUCCCCAGCUCCCGCCUCCCCCGCUGCUAUGGAAACCUCCACCAAUAAAGACAAUGACCGUAGCAGCGUCACUACCAGCACUGUUAACGAAACCAAGCCGGACACCAGCGCUACCAGUAACUCAGCCAGUACCAAAAAUGGGUUCAAAUCCUCCAGUCCGGCGUCGGACACCCAGCCGCCCACAUCCAGCAGAAACACACUAGUCGACCCAGGAAUUGGUGUGUACAAGAUUAACGAGCUGGUUGACUGCAGAGACGUCAGCAUCGGUGCCUGGUUUGAGGCCUGCCUCGAAAAUGUGACACGCGCUCCCAAAGGACAGAUAACGCCCACCAAGGGCAAGGUGGGUCGGCCCCCAAAAAGGACUAAUGGAAAGCUGGAGGCCGAGCAGGGGCAGGCCCACAGCCAGGGCCAAACCACAGACAGUAACAGGAAUAAUGUUGUGUUAAGCUCUGAGAGUAAUGGAGCCUCCACCUCUCAGACGGACUCUACAGCAGCUACAGAGACCAAGGAGAGAGAAGAGGAUGUAAUUUACCACAUUAAAUACGACGACUACCCAGAGAACGGUGUGGUGGAGAUGCGACCGGUGGAUGUGAGGCCACGUGCCAGGACCCUUCUGCGGUGGGACGAUCUCCAGGUGGGCAUGCACGUGAUGGUCAACUACAAUAUGGAGACACCAGAUGAGAGGGGCUUCUGGUUCGACGCCGAAGUUCAGACCCUCAACCAAGCCUCCCGCACCAACAAGGACCUCAGGGUCAAGAUCCUCCUGGGGGGUCCUGGAGAUGUAAUCGGGGAUUGUAAAGUUCAGUUUCUUGAUGAAAUCUACCAGGUGGAGACACCAGGAGCUCGUGCACUCUCAGCUUCAGAUGGACAAUUUAAACGGAAGAGCGGGCCGGAGUGUAAGCACUGCAAGGCUGACCCUGAAGCAGAGUGUCGCUUCUGCUCCUGCUGUGUGUGCGGCGGGAAGCAGGACGCUCACAUGCAGCUGCUGUGUGACGAGUGUAACAUGGCGUUCCACAUCUACUGCCUCAACCCACCACUGGCCACCAUCCCAGAUGACGAGGACUGGUACUGUCCCACCUGUAAGAACGACACCAGUGAGGUUGUGAAGGCAGGAGAGAAGCUCAAAGCCAGCAAGAAGAAAGCCAAGAUGCCUUCGGCAACAACUGAGAGUCAAAGGGACUGGGGAAAGGGUAUGGCCUGUGUGGGGCGCACCAAGGAGUGCACAAUUGUUCCGUCGAACCACUAUGGACCCAUACCUGGGGUUCCUGUUGGAACCACCUGGAAGUUCAGAGUUCAGGUGAGUGAGGCAGGCGUUCACAGGCCGCAUGUUGGUGGUAUCCACGGGCGCAGUAACGAUGGCUCCUACUCGCUGGUGUUGGCUGGGGGUUUUGAGGACGAAGUGGACCGGGGAGAUGAGUUCACCUACACGGGCAGUGGGGGUCGUGACCUCUCAGGGAACAAACGGAUCGGAGAGCACUCUUUUGACCAGACCCUAACACACAUGAACAGGGCGUUGGCCUUAAACUGUGAUGCACCUCUGAAUGACAAAGACGGGGCAGAGUCCAGGAACUGGCGGGCAGGAAAGCCGGUGAGAGUGGUGCGCAGUUCCAAAGGUCGACGCAUCAGCAAAUACGCUCCUGAGGAAGGAAAUCGCUACGAUGGUAUUUAUAAGGUGGUUAAGUACUGGCCAGAGAUUGGAAAGUGUGGUUACCUUGUGUGGCGGUACCUACUGAGACGGGACGAUGUGGAACCAGCACCUUGGACACCUGAAGGACUAGAGAGGAUAAAAAAACUGGGCCUUUCUGUUCAGUACCCGCCCGGCUACUUGGCGGCCAUGGCUAACAAAACAAAGAAGGAGGCCUGUGCGCGACCCGGUCGCGGCGGACGGGGUAAGCACUAUCCCGGGAGGGGGAGGCCAAGGAGACGCAAGAUCAAGGAGAAAGAAGAGAACGAUGACGACGAGGAGGAGGACGAGCUGCCAAUGGCAGGGGUGGAAGAAGAGGAGCCACAGAGUAAUGGAGAGCAGAAGACUACCAGAGAGAGUGAAGAGCCGUCACCAGCCGCAGAGCCUCCCUCUAAAAAGGUGAAGGUAGUGGAGACUUUCCAGCUGUCGGAGCAGCAGCGGCAGUUGAUCCGGGAGGACACAGCCAACAAGAAAUCCUGGGAUGAAGCCAUGGGAUACCUAAAAGAGGGACCGAAUUUCCUGCAGAAGAUGGAGCAGAUCUUCAUGUGUGUGUGCUGCCAGGAGCUGGCCUUCCAACCCAUCACCACCGCCUGCUCACACAACGUUUGCAAGACUUGUCUACAGCGGUCGUUCCGAGCACAGGUGUACACCUGCCCCGCCUGCCGCCACGACUUGGGCAAAGACUACGUCAUGUCCCAAAACGUGACGCUUCAGGUGCUGCUCGACCAGUUCUAUCCCGGCUACAGCAAGGGCCGAUGAGGUCCAGAUCACAUUUAUACACACACGUGCACAUGAGCAUCUGUUCUGUGCACCCGCGUAUACCGUAAAGUACCUAGAGCUCCACUUUAAAAUGCAUUGCGCACACAUACUGUACUUACCCACGGGCAAAUGUAUAUUGCAUAUACAGCCAUUUAUGUAUACAAUCAUUCAUACACAAACAACCUCAGUAGGAACUGACCUCAUCUGUUAAACCUGGACUGUCUCCAUUAACAUCACCAGCCUGAAAUUCAACCAAGGACAUUUUAUAUCUAACGCUACUCCUGCCCACAAAUACGCACACAAACGCACAAAAGGAGCCCCAAUUCACACCCACUAGCCAACUCAAGUUUGCUUACUUUUUUGUUAACCCUCGACUGUGUUCUUCACUGGUUCUAUAAAUCGACAUACAGGACUUUGUUUGAGUGCAAAUUCCUCCCUGGGAAUAUCAUAAAAUCAGCCAUCAGACUCCUGCCAACCUAUAAGCAUUUGUUGUGUUCCAUGUAUGCAUUUACACCCAAAAAACUGAGCUUAGCUGCUUCAUAUUAGUGCAGUAUCUUACUCAGCUGGCGAAUAAAGGUGCUAGUUUAACACAGUGAUUUAGGCACAGCAGGACGUGACACCACCUGCACAACAUUCAGAAUGAGCAAGUAGUUCUGGUGAUUGAGAGAUGGCCUGUUAUUGUAAGCUAAAACGAAAGAAAGUGAACAAUGUUUUUUUUACUUUGACGCACUUUAUCAAUAACAUUACUUUUUUUUUUGUAGGUUAAUCUGGUCACUACUCAUGUCACAUGGAAUAAUGCCAUUGUCAUACCUUAGAAUAGCAAAAAAAAUUGCAUUACUUUCAGUGUACUUGCAGAGAACAAAUUGGCAACUUUGUCAGGAGAUUUCUUGGUUCAGUAAAGCAGCACCCUUACAUACUUAGUGAACAUACAGGCACAACUCUCUCAGAUUUUAUGUGGAGUAAAAUCUUCAUAAACAUACCAAAGAUGUGAGGCUGUAGAGCAGGUCAUGGGCAAAUAUUUUCAGAAAUCUCCUCAAAAGAAAGUUAUUUCUGAUGAAUUAUCACACCUAAAAAUAAAAGGCACUUGUGAUUUAACAAACAGGACCGUACCAAAUUCUCAUCUUUCUUUGGCAAAGCACUUUUGUUUCCAUUUCCAAACAGCUCAAAAUAAAGGUUAAAGAUAAACAAAGCCAUUCUAUUAGAUCUCUCAUAAACCUCUUGACACUAUAAAACUUAUGUAUGAUACAUUUAUAAUUGAAGUGCUCACAUCUAUAUGUAUUUUCACAUGUACUCUCAUUCAUGGUUCCACUUCUUCAGUCAGAUAAUCUGGACUAAACUGUCCUCAUACAUUAGAGGAGUAUAUUCUGUUUUUUCCCAUUCAUUUUUCUACCUGAGAAAUACUGUAAAGAUUUACAUACAGCUCACCUGAGAUGCUGGAAAAGUGCGAGAUGUGCUGCUUGCGCGUUCUUUUCAGUAACGCCUAGUAGGGCACACUGUGGUCUUUCCUGGUGUUACCAAGCAACCGCAAUCAAGACUUCCCACAAAGAUGGUUAGCAUAUUUUGUGCUCAGCAGAUAUUCCUCUGCUCUAGUUCUCUCUGUUAGAUUUGUUAGACGAUCUUCUUCCCCAUUCAUUUUAGGAAAAGUAGUCUGAUGAGUGAAUGCACAGCACAGUGAGUUAUUUGUUGUGACAUUACAUCCAGAAAAUGGAUCAGUUAGCAGUUUUUUUUAAUCAUUAUGGUUAUGUCACACAAUCAGAAGCUCAGUGGCCAAUAUGUGCAGCUGUUUAUUAUACAGUAUAUAAGCUAGAAAGAAAUACACUGUGUGACCAGUCGGAUAUUGUCAUAUCUUUUUUUCGCCAGUCCACCUGUUGGACAAAAGUGCCUUGUAGCACAGACUAUCAAAAACUGUUAAGUAUCUGAUGCCCGGUCACUUUCCUAAUGUUGCUUACUUAUUAUUUUUAAUCAGAAAUCUACUGAUUUAAAAUAGUCAUUUUAGUUCUUGUAUGGUUGCUUGUGUUUAGAUAACGUUUAAUAGUUGAGAACUUCUUUAGUUUAAUGAGAAAAAAGGUUGAUAUUUCACAAAGUCAAGUAUCAAAAAGGUUUUGCUUGUCCUGAAAAAUAGCAUCCUGUUAACUAUAGUACUGAAAAAUGUAAACAUUACCCAUCCCAACAUGGCACUUUUCAAUAUUUUAGAGGUUUUCAAUAGUGCACUGGAGAGAGUUCACUGGUGUAUAUGAGAAGGACACAGUAGUUUUGUGAAUACACUGAUGAAUGUUUCAAUAGUUAGUGUGUUUCAGUACACUUGCAUACAACAUAACAUUGAAUAUAUGAAUUAGAGGGGCACUCAGAGAGUGCAGAGCUCCGCCAAGGCUGUUUCUGUAAGUGAAAUAUUAUAGGUGUAUCAGCCCUGUGAUUCAGAUCUGUUCCAAAAUGUAAUGGGUUCUUCCUUGGCUCAUGCUAGACCCUUCCACAAAGUGUCAUGAAAUCGGCCCAGUAGUUUUUCUGUAAACCUGCUGACAAACAAACCAACAACCUGAACUGAAAACUAUUGGUGUAGUUAAAAAAUGUAUCUAUAGUAAGAAAAUGUAAUCUUAAAACCAGAAAUUCAGCAAACAUUUGAGGCUAGAUCAGGUCUAAUUGUUGCUCUCGGUGAAUACGUAGAUCUUAAAUACGUAAAAAAACGGAGAAAGUUUACUUGGUCAUAUUAUUGAAUGCUGUAACUACAUGUUUAUAUGGAUUAACAUAUACAAGUGACAUGUAAAAGUAGUGUCUUGGCCAUGGAUAGUGAUGUUUCUUAAUUGUUUUAUGAGUUUUCUGCCCACACUAGUUGGACAGAGGUGAAUGUUUUCACAUGUCAAUCAUCAGUCAACCAGUUUGAGAGAACAAGAUCUGCAAGGAUUCAUUGUGUAACCAUAAAAUAAAACUGCAACAAUAAGAACUCAUCUGUUUUAAUAGAUCAUCAGGUCUAACAUGAAAAUACAGAUGAGGAUUGAAUGGGAGCUGGGAAUUGGAUACAAAAAACGCUUGUACGUUAUUCCCCAAAUGGUUUGAUAAUGUUUUUUUGUACUUUAUUAAGUUGCUGCUCCGUAACCCACAUGGUAUCAAUGUCAUGUAACAACUGGAUAGAUAUAAGCUUAUUGUUGACAUGUGCACUGCACAAACACAGUUAUUGGUUAUCUUCAUGUUUUAACUGUUCAAUCUGACACACCAUCGCAUAUAUUAUACAUAUAUUACACAGCCCGAGUUAAAAAUGGGCUUUUCUAUCUUGAGCGGCUGAUGCAGAUUCACAUCUUUAUAGUGCUGAUAUGGUACUAAAAUGUCCAGGGUUGGCAGGUCUGAUAGCACCUGAAGCAAAAACAGCAGCACAGUCUGUGCACUGAUCUGUGGUCUGGACUGAGGUCAGAGUGAAUUCCAGAUAAUGCAUCUGAAAAUGGUUUCAACACUUGAGUUGGUUUUGUGGGAAAAUGUAGCCUUGACAUCACGUUCACCUGUAACUUUGAGGCAUAGCCAUGUUUAGUGUAGAGCUGAGAAAUGACAGACAUCAUGCUGCUGUACACAUCAGUUGUUCCGUUGACAUUCAGGUCCCCUUCUCAUUGGCCGGCUGUUUCUUUGUUUGUGGUGAUGUCCUCGUUUCUGUUCAAUCAUUCAGGAUUUUGUUCUCUUUUUAUCAACAACAUGCAAGUACAAAUGCUACUAUGGUCUUUGAAGCUAACUGUGAUGUGCAUUACUUCCACUGUUGCUCAAUCUUGUUCUGAGAUUAUUUUCUCCCUGCGUUGACCAGCGAGCUAAUAGCCCUCGUUUCUUUCUCUGCUGUGACCUUGUCUCCCUCUCCUCUCUCUGCGCUGUCCUCUGCCCUCUGUGAACCUACAGUACUAACAAUUUUUAGACGUCUUGUGGACGCUUUGCUUCAGUGCUGUGUUGUUAUUAUUUUUAUUGCACUCUAUUGAAGAAAAACGUUUGACAAAGUGUCAUUUAAUUUUCCUAGAAUGCUUACUAUUAUCUAUGUCUGUAUGCCAUUUUUCUACCAUUUUAGUUGCUUCUCUUCUAUUUUAAUCAUUUAGUCAUUUUUAUGUGGCGACCUCAAACAUUUGCAGCAUAUGCCAGUCUGAGGAGUUUCAUUGCUUCAUAUUGUGAUCUGAAAUUUUAUACAUGUCAUAAUAAUACUUGAUAUGUACCUAUUAAAUAUUUGGAUUCCAAAAAAAAA